AUGCCAUCAGUAGCCCUCGACCUCUGCCAGCUUUUUGCCCGGUCCGUCACCCAGACGCCACACCAACUGGCAGUCGACCAUGAGAGCGGCUCGCUCACCUAUACAGAACUCGAUGUGGCCUCAUCGAACCUGUCACGAAAAUUACAGGAAGAAGGGGUAGUAGCUGGCGAAGCGGUGCUCUUACUCACCGAGCACGGCACCCGCAAUAUUGUCGCGCUGCUUGCCAUCCUCAAGGCCAACGCCUGUUAUGUCCCUCUGGACCGCAGCUCGUGGUCAUCAGAGCGAAUCCAAGCCGUGCUGGACCGGACGGACAGCCGUCUUCUCAUCAACACAACCGUCGAGCCAUUUGAAAGCUCGCGGCACAAAGUCAUCCAUCUGACCAGUGCCGAUGUGGCCGCUCUAUCGACAGACCGCAGCAGCACCAGGGUCAUUCCCGACGUCGCUCCCGAGGACCUCGCCUGUCUGAUCUUCACCAGUGGUAGCACGGGAGCGCCCAAGGGGGUCAUGAUUCCACACCGUGCGGUGGCCAAUUAUGCCCAGACGAGUCCAUUCAACAUGGAUGUGCGGGCGGGAGACAGAGUGCUGCAUAUCCUGUCGGUAUCCUUUGACGGCAACUCGGGCAUCGUGGUCCCCGCGACGAUGGACACCCUCUUCGACAAAGCGCAGACCUGCUCGAUCCUCGCGUCGACCCCCUCGAUCCUGGCCACGCUACCGCUGCCAACGGCAUUACCCGACAGCUACCCAUAUGUCCAUACAGUUCUGCUGGGCGGGGAGUCGCCACCGGCCGCGCUGUUGUCCAGCUGGCUUGAAUUCGGCGUCCGCAUCCUGAACGCAUACGGCCCCACGGAAACCACCUGCGCCUCGUUGAUGCAGGAAGUAGAGGUCUGCCAGGAGACGGGCAUGAUCAAUCGGAGUAUCAUCGGCCGUCCGAUGCCCGACGGACCGGUAUACCUGCUGCAGCCGGACACUCUCCUCCCCGUCGAGGAGGAAGGCGGAGAAGGCGAGAUUGCGAUUGCAGGCAUCGGGCUGGCCCACGGCUACUACCAGAACGCCGCCCUUACAGCCGAGAAAUUCAUCGACUGGCACGACCAGCGACGCGUGGUUGAAUUCCGCGGCCGCAGUGAUCGCACAGUCAAAAAUCGCGGCUUUCUCGUCAAUCUGCCUGCCGAUGUGGAGGAACCGCUGCGACAGAUGGGCUUCGGAGUCACCGACGUCUAUGCUUCACUGAUCAACAGUCUUUUGGUUGUGUUGGUGACCCCGGCCACUGCCGAUCUGGACGGCCUGCAAAGCGAAGCCCAGCGUCGACUGUCUUCCUUCCAUCGGCCGGGCCGAUACAUGGCUGUCGAUCAGUUUCCGCUGUCGGCCAACGGAAAGAUUGACACCAAGGCGAUCGAGAACAUGCUGAAAGAGCACCAGGCACGUCUCUGCGAGGCCACCGAAGAUGAAGAUACGACGUGUACAGAGCGUCCUACGGAGCGUGAGCAAAUCGUAGCCGAAUGCCUAUAUACAGCUUUGGAACUGGAACUCCUGUCUGCGUCGACGUCCAAAGAUAUCAAUUUCUUCGCCAUGGGGGGUAACUCUCUGGCUGCUCUUCGAUUCACGUCCUUGUGCCGGGAACGGGGCAUUCUUCUCACUACUCGUGAUCUGUACCUGCAUCCGACGGUCAAAGGCAUUCUCCCGUAUGCUCGCGACCUCCUUCCGUCUGGUCAGUCUGUACCCGACAAAGAGGAGCAAACCAACCACCGAUUAUCGCUUAAGGCCGAGGUCACUGCUGUACUUCCACUCCUGGACGACAUGGUUCCAUCCGACAUUGACGUCGCUCCGUUGACCCCCCUCCAGCUGGAGCUGAGCGCUCCCAUUUUUCAAAGCGAUGGGACCAACACGAAUCAGCUGCGGCAAUCAUACCCCUUGGCCGCGGCCGAUCGCAUCUGCAAUGCAUGGCGGCAGGUCUGUCUCAGCGAGCCCGUCUUCCGGACGCAAAUCGCGCUGGACAUCGGGCCCGGCGUGCAGAUCGUCCACGCUCAGCCACGGUGCCAGCCGAAGGAGAUCAUCUUUCAUCGCCGGGAAGACUACAACGCUGCCUUGACCGAUCCUUCGCGUCUGGCUGUGGGACUCGGUAUGCGUUUGGAUUUUAUGGAAUUCAUUCCGGUUGACCACGAUACCGAGGAGGGUGAGGUGACCAUCCUCUGGACGGCCCAUCACAGCUUGAUUGACGGCUACUCCUUGGGACUGAUUCUGGCUCGGGUGCAGCAGGCGACCCAGGGGGCUACACCUUCCCGCCUCUCUUCCUUUGUGGACGCAGCGUGGAACCUGCAGAGUGUGCAGAAGCGGCGAGACAGCGAGGCCCGGCGGUUCUGGGAGCCGUAUCUGCAGCCGGUGCGGUCACUCACAGGGACGGGCGCAACCACAACACCUGUAGGACAGCCGUACCUCGCCCAGGAGGUGCUGUUCACGCAUGUCGACGGCGUGGACGAGCUGCAGCAACUCGCGUCAAGGUGCAGUGUCACCCUGGCAGCUGUCUACUACACCGCGUGGGCCAUGACCCUGGCUCGGACGACCAAGACCACCCUGGUAACUACGGGAGUGGUCUUCUCCGGUCGAGAGGUUCUACCGGACGAUGCGCACGCCAUCGGGCCACUGAUGUCCACCCUGCCUCUGGUAUGCCGCCUCGAGGCAGAUGCAUCCACUGAGCGCCAGCUGCAGGCCACGCUCGAAGGACUGGCAACUAUUAGCGCCUACGCCUGGUCUGCCCCGGAUCAGAUCGGGUACCGAGUUGAGUCUCUAAUGGCGACGCAGUAUGACUUUCCGGCCUACGACCAACCAAUCCCGCCUCAAAAGGAGCAAUUCUUUGAGAACACGACCUUUGCGUUGAGUCUACUUGUCGAAGCCGAUGCUCGUUUCCGUUUGGUGUACAAUCCUGCCGUGCACUGCGAGCAGACGGUGCAGCAGUAUGCCGACACGUUCCAGCAGGCGCUCAAGGCGCUGGUGCAUGGUUCGACUCUGGAAGCAUGGCUCACGGGGCCGUCAGAGACACCCCUUGCGGUCGACCAGCCACAUUCUGAUCUCGAACGAGACAAUGUAGCGAAUGUGGCGUCGGCGUUUCAGGCGUCGGUCGACCUCCACGAGGAUUUGAUGGCCGUGGAGGGGCCUGGAGGCGCUCUAUCCUAUCGGGCGCUGGAUCAAAAGUCCAACGCGGUGGCCUCGCAUAUUGCAAAACACUUCCCGAGCGCUCAGGUCAUUGCCAUUCAUGCCGACGGAACCCUCAACUGGGUGGUGGGUAUCUUGGGUAUCCUGAAAGCCGGCUGUGCAUACUGUCCGCUCGACCCUGCGUACCCGAUGGCGAGACGGAUCGCGGUUUACGAGCAAAGUGGUGCCAGCGCCCUCUUGAUCCCUAAUGCCUGCUCGUCGACCGCGGCAAUCCUGCCGGUGGCCGACCUCCACGUCUUCACGGUCCAAGAAAGCGAGGCAGGCGACACAAGCAGGCAAUCGUCGCUCCUCGCUCACGCAAACGAGGAUGCCCUCAUCGUCUUCACCUCCGGCACGACCGGCCGCCCCAAGGGGGUCCCGAUCAGCCACAAGGGCCUUCUGGCUUUGCAGUCGAAUCCCGAAGCCACUAUGUUCAGCCGUCCUGGCCGUCGUAUUGCUCAGUUCAUGUCGCCUGCGUUUGACUACUGCGCCAACGAGAUUUUCUCUGCGUUGCUCCAUGGCGGAACGCUGGUGCUUCGUGACCCGUCCGACCCUCUGUCCCAUCUGGCCAAGGUCGAUGUGGCGACAAUUACUCCUUCUGUGCUCAGCGUGCUGAGUCCAGAGGACUAUUCUAACCUCGACAUGGUAUAUGCGACGGGAGAACCCGUCACUCCAGGCUUGCUCGCUCGGUGGGCCGAGGGCCGAGCAUUUUACAACGCCUAUGGUCCUGCAGAGUGCUCUAUUUGUACGUCGUUUACACGCCUAGUGCCCGGACAGCAGGUCACCAUCGGAAACGCCAUUCGCACCGCGCGAAUGUACAUCUUGGACCCCGAUCUGCAGCCCGUGUCGGAUGGCCAGACCGGAGAGAUCUUCCUGGCCGGACAACAGGUGAUGCGAGGCUAUGUGGGAGACGAAGUCAAGACCGCUCACAGCGUGCUGCCUGAUCCCUGGCAUCCAAAUGAACGGAUGUAUCGCACGGGCGACUACGGCUACUGGAAUGCGGACCGGCAGAUUGUCUACAUCGGACGGCUGGACCGUCAGGUCAAGAUCCGCGGCUUUCGCGUCGAGCUCGCGGCAGUCGAGCAGAAGAUGUAUCAGGAGGAGCCACGGCUCACCCAGGCGGCUGCUCUCGUCGUCAAUGAUACCCUGGUGGCCUUUGUCAUGCCGCACGACGUGGAUGUCAGCCGUCUGGAGCACCGACUGCGGGAGUCGCUCCAGCCCAGCUGGGUGCCCCAAGUGAUCACCGCGCUCGAGGAGUUCCCCUGGACGGCCAACCGCAAGGUCGAUUAUCGCAAGCUGGAGGAGAGAGCCACCCUGACGCGGCGGGAGGAAGCCGUGCAGCCGCAAAAGACGAGUGCAGGGAUCAUGCAAAAAGAUGCUUCCAUCGCCGACGGAAUCGCAACCCUGUGGAAGAACGUGUUGCGUCUGCAGGCGGGCGCCAGCUCGCGCGAGCUCCGUGAACAGGAUGACUUUCGCGCGCUGGGCGGCCAUUCCGUUCUGCAGAUGAUGCUGGCGGCUCGCCUCGGCAGCACGUUUGGGAUCUCCGUGUCGAUGCGCGAUGUGAUUGAACAUCCCACCCUGGCCGACCAGGUCGAGCUGGUGCGCCGGCGCCGUCAGACCUCGACGACGUCCAAGCCGCGGACCAUCUGCGACGCGUUUCCCGAUCAUUGCCUGUCGGCGCUGGAGCGCCAGACGUGGUUCCAAUACCUGAUCGCCUCCGACGUCCGCACGUUCAACAUCCCCGUCCUCCUGCAUCUCGGCGGUACCUUUGAUCGCGACCGUCUGGUCCAGUCAUUCAACGCCGUGUUGGCCUCGCGCAAGGUCUUCCGCACCAACUUUGUCGAGACCUCGCUCGGGCCUUGUCGAAUCUUCCGUGACACGCCGCCGCGGGUCCUCGUGUGCGACGGCGCCCUCGACACGACCAGGGAGAUUGACCGGGGCUUUGACCUGGCUCGUGAUGAGCUGAUUCGCGUCUUCUUGGACCGUCGCACCCUGCUCGUGGUCACGAGCCACGCCGUCGCCGACCUCACCAGCGUGCAGAAUCUGCUGCAGGAAACCUCGGCAGUGUACGGGGGAAUGACCCCGACGGCGGACCGAUGGCACUAUCCUCGGGCCCCAGCCUGGUCGCGCCAGGUCACAGAGCAGGAACGCCAAUUUUGGUCCCGCUAUCUCGAGGGCGCUCCCCAGCGCCUGGACAUUCCGCGGUACCCUGGCCAGAUGACCUUUGAAGGCAGCUCCCGAGUCUCCGACUUCAAGGGAAACCUCGUUCGACGCGUCGUCGCCUUGAGCCAAGAAUACGGGAUGAGCCAGCACCAGCUGGUAUGUGCCGCCGUGGCGCAGACGCUUCAGUGGCUCGCCGGCUCGAACGAUGUCGUGCUCGGUUCUCCGUGGGCCAACCGCGGCCAGGCCGUGGAGCAGGAGUCGAUGGGACUGUUCCUCGAUCGCCUGCCUCUUCGCUUCAAAACACCCGUCAAUGCCGACUGUGCCACCAUCCUGCAGUCUACCCGCGAAGCGAGCCAAGCGGCCGUCUGCAAUGCAAUUCCGUUCGAGCAGGUUCUGAGCCUCCUCCAACUGCCGCGGACCAUCCAGCAACAUCCGCUCUUCGAAGCCAUGGUCACCUUCCAUCUCAAAGGGGCAGUGGAAGAUUGUCUCACCAUCGACGGGCUGGAGGUGAAACGCGAAAUGUGCUUUGCGUCCGGGGCCAAGUUCCUGCUCAUGUUCGAAUGGACCGAGAUCGAGACGGACCAUUGGACCUUGCGCAUCGAGUACGAUGAUCAUCAGCUGGACGGCGCGACCAUCACCACGAUCGAUCAAAGCAUCCGUUGUGUCCUCGAAGGGCUGGCCGACCGCAUGUCUCGCGCCGCCAUCCACGAGCGCCUGAAUGCGAUGAUGGCCAAGAGGCCCAAGACCAAAGUCGACUGGAACUUCUACCACCGUCUGGUGGGGAUUCUGCGGCGCGAGAUGGCCACCUGCUUGGGCAUCUCGCUGGACGAGUUUCCCUGCUCCGUCUCCUUCUUCGAGGCAGGCGCCGACUCUAUCCAUGCCUGGCGGUUGAGCCGGCAAUUAAAACGCGUUGGGCUGGACGUGCCCAUCUGCACCAUCUUCGAUCAUCCGACAGCGCAGGAUCUGGCUCAGCGUCUCUGUCGUCAGGUGCUUUAG